GGAAGCGCGGCGGCGCAGGCGCAGCCUCUCGUGCGGGCCCUCGGGCUUUUUCUUCUCCGAGUGCCGGAGGAGGCGACCCCUAGCCUCGGACCCUCGGGAGAUGCCAGCCCCGGCCUGAGGCCAGAGCGCGCCCUUCAGCCCCUGGAGGUGACCAUGGCGUGGAGAGGGCGAGCUCUAUCUUGUGAAGACGCCCCCAUCCGCUCGGAGAGGACCCUCUGUGAGGGAGAGGGAGCCAUGGCACCCAGGGGCCUGGGAGCCACCCACCAGGAGCCAGUGACCUUCCAGGACGUAUCUGUGGACUUCACUCGGGAGGAGUGGAUGCGGCUGGACCGUCCGCAGAGGGACCUGUACAGGGACGUCAUGCUGGAGAACUACCACAACCUGGUCGUGGUCUCACUGGCAGGACAUCCAAUUUCCAAGCCAGAUGUGAUCUCCCGCUUGGAGCAAGGGCGAGUGCCUUGGGUGCUGAAGAGAGGAGCCUCUGCACGGGCCUCUUUGGAUAGGGAGACUAAGCCUGAAGCCAAGGAGUUGGCUUCUAAGCUGUCCGUAUCGAUGGAGGAAUCCCCUCCGGGGAGAUCCAUAAAGGAAGGUUCCCAAGGGUGCAAGCUGGAGCCAGCUGUUGAAUAUGGUGGCAGCUCAGAGCAGCAGGUGGGAGACGAGGAGGCUGAGUCUAGGCAUGUCCAAGGGACCCCCAAGAGAACAGCCAGCAAAGGGAAGGGCCAUGACUGCAAGAAGUUGGGGAGAAGCCUUGGCCUUGAGGCAAACCUUUUUCCUCCACAGAAGCUUCCCAGAGGGAAGUUGUUGCGUAAAAGUGACACUCGGGGAAAGAGCUUCAAACAGUAUUCAGAGCUGGUGAAAGGCAGUAAGGUCUCCUCAGGGAAGAAAUUUUCCAAGUACAAUGAAUGUAGUAAGUCCUAUAGUCACAGUGUAGACCUCCUUCAAUAUGAAAUUCAUAAUGGAGAGAAACCUUAUGAGUGCCGUGAGUGUGGGAAAGCCUUCAGCCGAAGAACAAACCUUACUGUCCAUCAGAGGAUUCACACCGGAGAGAAACCCCACAAAUGUAGUGAGUGUGGCAAGGCCUUCAUCCAGAGCGCACAACUUACAGUCCAUCAGAGGAUUCAUACGGGGGAAAAACCCCACAAAUGUAGUGAGUGUGGCAAGGCCUUCAUCCAGAGAGCCCAACUUGCUGUGCACCAGAGGAUUCACACUGGGGAAAAACCUCAUAAAUGUAAUGAGUGUGGAAAGGCCUUUAUCUCCAGAACACACCUCACAGUCCAUCAGAGGAUUCACACUGGAGAGAGGCCUUACAAAUGUACUGAAUGUGGAAAAGCCUUUAUCCAGAGGGCACAGCUUGCCAUACAUCAAGGAACUCAUAUUGGGGAGAAUCCCCAUAUAUGUAAUGAAUGUGGGAAAGCCUUUAACCACAUAGCAGCCCUGAAUUCCCAUCAAAGGAUUCAUACAGGAGAGAAGCCUUAUAAAUGUACUGAAUGUGAUAAAGCUUUCAAUCACUAUUCUUCCCUUGCUCACCAUCAAAAGAUCCAUAUAAGAGGGAAUCCUUAUGAAUGUAAUGAAUGUGGGAAAGCCUUCAACCGAAGAUCAUUUCUGACUUACCACCAGAGAAUUCACACUGGAGAGAAGCCUCAUAAAUGUAAUGAGUGUGGAAAAGCCUUCAGCUACAAGUCUUCCCUCACUCAACAUCAGAAAAUUCACACAGGAGGGAAACUCAUAUGUAAUGAAUGUGGGAAAGCCUUCAAUGGCAAAGCACUCCUUAUUUACCAUCAGAGAAUCCACACUGGAGAGAAGCCUUAUAAAUGUAAUGAAUGCGGUAAGGCAUUCAAUUGCAAUUCUUCUCUUACUCACCAUCAGAAAACACAUACUGGGUGGAGACCUUAUGAAUGUAAUGAAUGUGGAAAAGCCUUCAGUAGGAGCACACACCUUACCGAACACCUGAGAAUUCACACUGGAGAGAAACCCCAUAAGUGUAAUGACUGUGGGAAGGCCUUCAUCCAGUUUACUCAUCUCACUGUCCAUCAGAGAAUUCAUACUGGAGAGAAACCUCAUAAAUGUAAUGAAUGUGGAAAGGCCUUCAAAUAUCGAUCAUCCUUUACUUCCCAUAGAAGAAUUCAUACUGGAGAGAAACCUCAUAAAUGCAAUGUGUGUGGGAAGGCCUUCACCCAGAUCACCCAUCUUACUGUACAUCAGAGAACUCACACUGGGGAGAAACCUUAUGAAUGUAAUGUAUGUGGGAAAGCCUUCAAACACAGCUCAUCCCUUACUUCCCAUUACAGAACUCAUGUUGAUGAGAAGCGAUAAAUCUAGUGAAUGUGUGGUUCUUUCACUUGGGAAAGACCUUCAUUUGCAUCAGAGAAUAUAGAAGGUAUCAAAGUGAAAAGGUGGCUCAUCCCUUACCAUCAGAGAAGUCAUAUUGCAGAGAAGCCUUAUAAAAACAGUCCUGUGAAUGUAAUGAGCAUGGUAAGGUAUACAUGGAAGAUAAUUCAUAAGAAAUAAAAACCCUUCCAUGUGUAGAAACUUUCUCAGUUCCCCAUUGGCUGUCCCAAAUCUUUUCCUCUUUCCUCAAGGCUUUUAACCCCCUCACUUCCCAGAGUUACAGCUGGCAACAGCUGCAGGUUUCCCCUGUACAUAUUGAGAAGAUCCAUUGUACAAUCUCUCACUUCCCCCUGCAUCCCCAGUGGCCUCACCCCAUCUUCCUUCAGGUCCCAGGAGAAGCUUGUCCUUACUUUAAUUAAGGAUAAACCCUGUUCUUGUGCCCUUGACCUUAUCCUUUCCUGCCUCUUGGGUAUCUUCAAUCUCCUUUCCACAUAAGCCACUUUCUCUGCCUGCAAAAAUCUGUGACUCCUCAGUGCUUUCAAACAAAAUGCUCCCUUCUCUAAGGUCCCGUCCAUUUUCUUUGGCUUCUGCACACUUGUUGUAGAAUGUUCUCUGCACCACUUCCAAAAACAUUCUUCUCUCUCUCCUCCAUGCUUUUCCAUUCCCACCAUUCUGUUCAACCUAAUGUCAUCCAGGCCACCAUUGACUCACUGUCCCCAAAUCACUGUGUGUUCAGUCUCUCCCCCUCAGCUCUUGGAAGCUUUUGACACUGUGGACACUUCUCUCUACCCUGAUUUUGUCACCUCUUUCUGCUCUGCUAGUUCAUUCCCUUGCAGACCUGGUGAGGUAGGUGUGCCCCAAGACUCUGCUUUGGGCCCUCCUCAGAGUUCUUUGUGGUCAAGUCUUCUUUCCUGACUUGAACUUACAGAUCUCCAGCUCAUGUUCCACCUUGUAUCAGAGGCAAGACUUCAGUUUGAAUCCCAGCUCCAGUUUUACUGUGUGAGGCUGGCAAGCAAGUCUCUUCCCUUCACAGGGAGAUGGGGGAGUUGGACUGCGUUGACCUCUGCAGUCUCUUUGAACUCCAGUCCGUUAUCCUGUGAACCUAAGUCUCAGACUAGAUUGGGCCCAAUGUUCUGGCCCCAAGGUCUUUUUGAAUUCUCCCUAUAAUCUGCUGUGUUGGUUAUCAUUCCCAAUUUGAUCUGCAGUGUGGAUAAAGGGUAUCAUUCUCCGCCUUUAUCUAAGUUAUUGAUAGUGUUCAACUGUACAGGGCCUUCCAAGCUGGCCUGGAAUCACAAAUGACUGUGCUUGGGUUCAGACAAUCAGCCAGUUCUACCAAACAACUGUCAUUUAGCUCUUACCCCUCCACCCUGGGUAUUUGCUCAAAUCUAGGUAAAUGAUAGUGAUUGCAUUUCUUUGUUCAACCACUUACAUAACCAUUGUUGAUGGCCUAUUGCUGAGCAAAGUCCCUUUCUAGCUGUUUCAGAAGCAUCCCUUCAAUUGCACAGUCUAGAAGUUUGUUGGGAAUUGAGUCUAGCCCACUGAUGUGUAGGCUGUUCUCCUUCCUCUCGUUUGCAGUGCCUCUUCUACCCCCCAUGACCUUCAAAGAUCAUUGUCAAUAGCUCAUCAGUCACUUCUUGUUCAGUCCUUCCAGUUGUAUCCAACUCUAUGACACCAUUUGGGGUUUGCUUGGCAAAGAUAGGGGAGUUAUUUCCUACUUCCUUUUCAAGCUCAUUUUACAGAUGAGGAAACUGAGACAAACAGGAUGAAGUGAUUUGCCCAGGGUCACAUGGCCACUAAGUGUUUAAGCUCAGAUUUGAACUCAGGAAGAUGAGUCUGACUCCUGACUUCUGGUGCUCUAUACACUGCAGCACCACCUAGUUGUCCAGUCACGGCAACUACAUCUACCAGCUAUUUCAGCACUAGUGAAGUGACUGGAGCCAUUUGGGGUUUUUUCUAUGGUCACUUGCCCCAGACAGUGGUCCUGCUCCUAUGAGCCUCCUCUUUUACCCAGAGGCGUACAGACAUUCCCCAAACUACCCCAAACUUUAACAGUCCUGACACUGUUGGACAAUACCAGGUUACUUUUGUAUUUACCCUCUGUUGUGCUUGCUUAACUUUUGCUCCAUACUCUAUGCUUGGAAUUUACUCCUUUUACCCUGUGAAUGUCCUUUAAAGCGCAGAUCAAAUAUCUACCCCCACCCCGGUCCUGAAUCCUUCCAUUUGUUAAGGAUCUUCCCCCAACCCCACUCCAAAAACCGGGAACCUCAAAAUAGUUUGUGCCUUUCUAAGGCAAAUGUCCUGUAUUCAAAAUUAUUUUCCCUUCUAAAAAGGGAGCCACUUUGGCAAAGGACCACUUUUAUAGACACAGUUGAGUAAAAAGUGCACAGAAUACAACAUGCAUUUGUAAGUCCCAGUAGGAUUCCCUAGAGAAGGUGAGUCAGGAGAGAUGUUUGUGGUUGUUUGUGGAUGCCACACUGAUUAGAUCUGCAUUGCAGAGCCUCCUCUGUAAUGAGAUAGAGCCAGGUAUUCACAAGGGCCCCACCUAAGAGGCCGCCAAGGAAGAAGUAAAUGAAUGGAUGAGAGUAUUUCUGUCCAGACUAUGCCAUACAGUUGGAUGAUCAGCCCCUGGAGUUGGUGUAGAAACCUCCUCCUUUGGGACAGGCCUUGCAAAUGGAUGCUGAGUGGAACCAAAAUUGAAUGGAAGGAAGAGAGCAGGGUCAGUUACAUUUGGAAAAUCGGCAGUGCUUUUAAAGAUCCCAAGCUGUUAAAAACAAACAAACCCAAAACCCAUCUUUUCAAUUUAAAUGAUUCCCUGGUGAUGCAGAAAAUGAUACGGGAUGUGCUACAAGUCGGCUACAGCAUGUUUCCUGGGAAGAAGGGGUGUGUCAUGUGGCAGUAACGGGGUACCGUGGCUGCUUGAGUGCCCCACUGGUGUUUGAAAUGUGCAAGACCAGGGAGGGAAGAGGGGAAGGGGUCUUUGGAACCGUGUAGCCCUACCUGAAUCCCCCAGGAUGAAAAACCAGAGGUGGGCUGUGAUCUGCAGUUGGGUGAGGGAAGAGCCAGAAGAAAUCACAAGUCCAUUUUUUUGUAGAUGUCAUAACCUCUCGUUAGACUGUUAAUUCCAUGUGGGCAGGGACCAGGUUUUUAUCUACGUUUUAUAUGUUUCCCUUGGAUUUAGCACAGUUUGCCGUGCCUAUAGGAUACUUAAUAAAUUAAAGUCAA